GCUUCCCCUGUUUAAUCAGCCACCUAGUCAUCGUCCUUUCUUGCAUAGCCAAGGAGAGAGGCGAGAAGAUGGCGUCGAGGGCUGCGACAAUGGUGGCGCUGAUGCUCGCGGCGGUGGCGGCGACGUGCGCGCGGGCGCAGCUGGACGAGAAGUUCUACAGCGAGUCGUGCCCCAGCGUGGAGGACGUCGUGAGGAGGGAGAUGGUGAGGGCGCUGUCCCUGGCGCCCAGCCUCGCCGGGCCGCUCCUCCGGAUGCACUUCCACGACUGCUUCGUCAGGGGGUGCGACGGCUCGGUUCUGCUGGACUCGGCCAACAAGACGGCGGAGAAGGACGCGCAGCCGAACCAGACGCUCCGUGGCUUCGGCUUCGUCGAGAGGGUGAAGGCCGCCGUGGAGAAGGCCUGUCCCGACACUGUCUCCUGCGCCGACGUCCUCGCCCUCAUUGCCAGGGACGCAGUAUGGCUGAGCAAGGGUCCAUUCUGGACAGUUCCCCUAGGCCGGCGAGACGGCAGCGUGUCCAUAUCCAACGAGACCGACGCGCUGCCACCCCCGACUUCCAACUUCACCGUGCUCACCCAGCUCUUCGCCGCUGUCAACCUCGACGCCAAGGACCUUGUCGUCCUCUCCGCCGGGCACACGAUCGGGACGUCACACUGCUUCUCCUUCUCCGACCGGCUCUACAACUUCACCGGCAUGGAAAACCCCAGCGACAUCGACCCAACGCUGGAGCCACAGUACAUGAUGCGGCUAAAGAGCAAGUGUGCCAGCCUCAACGACAACACCACCCUUGUGGAGAUGGACCCCGGCAGCUUCAAGACCUUCGACACCGACUACUUCAAGCUGGUGAGCAAGCGGAGGGGCCUCUUCCACUCCGACGGUGCCCUCCUCACCGAUCCCUUCACCCGCGCCUAUGUCCAGCGCCACGCCACCGGCGCCUUCAAGGAGGAGUUCUUCGCUGACUUCGCGGCCUCCAUGAUCAAGAUGGGCAAUGCCAAUCCGCUCACAGGCAGCCAGGGCGAGAUCAGGAAGAAGUGCAGCGUGGUGAACCAUUAAAUUACUCUAAGAUCAGGAAGAAGUAGUACAAGGCUGUUUUGAUUCAAGACCAUCCCCUUUUCGCUGUAAAUUACUGUAAGAUUGCUAUAGCUCCUUCCUCUCCCAAAUCUGUUUCUUUCAUUAGUUUGUUGUUUCGUUACCACCAUGUUAAUUCCUUGUACACACGACAAACACUUCGAUAUUGCCACAUCCAAUGUGCCGUCCGUUGUCACAUGGAGAUUCA